CCAGGCGCGUUGGUUUGUGGGAGUUGCAGUCCGGUGACCUUUCUGCGCUGUUAUAGCAGUGAGGGAAGAAGACUACAAGGUCCACAAGGCAGUGCGCCGAUGAAGUUCAGAAGGACCAGGAGGGAAGGGGGCGUGGUCGAGCGGUGAGAAGCCGGGUGGAACCGCGCCGUUGUGGAAAAGAGGCUCGCGCUGACUCCUGCCUUCUGAGCUCGGGUAGCCGCAACCGGAAGUGCGCGCGGUGGUGGGGGGCGCCCAAGGGUGAACCGGAAGUAGGGCUCAACCCGGCCCCUCGGACUUGUCCCCCCAAAACAAACCCCACAUUCGUCAUGUGAGCCGCGCCCCCUUGGCUCUGAGUGGGGUUGGGGUCCGGGGCGGCGUUGCAGAGUUAGCAUGAGUCCUGCUAACAUGGCAGUACAUUGCUGGGGGAGGGGCCAGGGGGUGGGUUUGAUGGCUCUGUGUCAUCUGCGCCCCUGUCCCAGGAUGCUGGCAGUGGCGCCCCACUGGUUUCGAGAGAGUCGGCCGCCCCCCAGGCAUGCUCAAACGCUGGGGUCAGUCAUACGGACGCUUCCCUGGAAGUGCGUCCCUUUCAAAACCUGCUGACCAUUUAUAGCAUGUUACGGAAAUUACGGGGCGGGGCGGGGGACACCUUUAAAGUUAAUUGUUACAAAUAUUAUGCCUGAAUGUAUCCUUUCAACUUGACAGCUCAGGGAAGUUACCUAGCUUUAAAAAUAAUAGAAAAUCAUCUCCUUUGCCAGUUUCCUCCAUUCCAAAGCUAUUUCCCCCUUGAAAAAGGGUCUGUCCCAGAGGUGACAAUUGCUGGGCUCAUUGUUAGCCAAGGGAAGCCAAAUCUCAUCACCUGACUUGCCUCAGGCGCCAGACAUGCAAAGGAACUUCUAUUGUACUUUUGGGUGGUGGGUACUUAAGACAUAUUUGUCUAUGCUAAUCUUAUACCCAGUCUUGCCCUGCCAUGUCUGCCUAUGCUAAUCUUGUACCAAGGACCUGUCUGGACAUGUUUGCGAAGGUUAACCCCUCCCCUUUUGUGACAUGUCAGUGAUGUAGAAAUGAUGUAGCAAUGAUGCUGUACGAACUGUAUUCUGGGAUAUGGUGGGAAAGUUUUAAAAGUCUUUGUCACCCCAUCCUCGGGGUUCAAAUUUCCUCUUUGAACCUAUUGCGCAAUAAACUUUGGUCUACAGCUAUUUGCUCUGGUUGGUGGCUGGAAUCCUUCCUUUAUUCCGCAGGAACCCGCGGGCUCUGCCCGACGAACUGGGUGACUGAGCAGCCUCACACCUAGAUUUUUCCGUAACAAGCAUUAGGAUGUGGGGUGGCGUUCCUGGAAGCGUAACAAUAAUGAAAGAUAAAAGGUGCAAAGUCUUUGCAAAAGCCUGUAAUCAUCUCCGCUUCCGUUAGCGAUAAGAGCUGCUGGUAGGUUUGGAUGCCGCAGCUCAGGACUAGGUUCAUCAAGGCCUUGAAGACUGGUGACAAGCCCAUAGAGGGAGACGAUGGUUGAGGUUUUAAUGUGGCAGGUGCUGCGGCAGAUCUGAAGUCUGUCGUGGGGUGUCUUAAUCAUUAAUGGUGUUGGAAAUCCAAGGGGUAGGGUCUAAGAGGUGGUGGAGAUGGAACUGUAGUUUGACAAACAACCGGUGACCAGAGGCUCAGAGAUGAUGUAGAGAACAGCGAUACAAUGUGCCUAGUGUUUUUUCACAGAGUGGCAUGCGUGGAAUCACUGCGAGAAACUGAGGCAGAAGCAGAGGUCAUGAACGGCUGUUAGUGUUAGCAAGCCGUGGUUCGUGGAAGCAACGCAAGUCACAGCCUGUAAGAUAACUUGUGUUUUAAUGCCAAAAACCACUGCUGGUUGCUAUAGGAAAGCCUUUUCAUUUUCAGUUUCAAUAUGGACAAAAUUGGCUUUGAAAAAAAAUGUGUCUCUUAAACAGACAACGCUACCAAUAAGAGUUUGUUCUACAGUUGUGCUCAGGUUGAAUAGGCUAGGAUUUUCUGCCUGGUGUCCCAGAGCGUGACCUUUUUGCUUUCCUUCCAAGGGGUCGAAGAUGCCACACAUCGACAAUGACAUUAAGUUAGACUUCAAGGAUGUCCUCUUGAGGCCGAAACGGAGCACACUCAAGUCUCGCAGUGAGGUGAGAAUGGCGCUUCAAUGCCUUCCUGUAUGUUACAGUUUGCUGAGACAUAAGUGUGGGACACUGAACGGAGCCAGGGCAUUUAAAUGGAGACAAAUCUGAUAUUUGAAGCCCUUCCCUCACUGGCUGGACUUGCUGUAAUUGCUGACUGGAACGGGCUUAAGGGCCCUUCCCUGUCACAGGGUCAUGUUACAGAAGAAGAAGAAGAGUUUGGAUUUGAUAUCCCGCUGUAUCACUACCCAAAGGAGUCUCAAAGCGGCUAACAUUCUCCUUUCCCUUCCUCCCCCACAACAAACACUCUGUGAGGUGAGUGGGGCUGAGAGACUUCAAAGAAGUGUGACUGGCCCAAGGUCACCCAGCAGGUGCAUGUGGAGGAGCGGAGACGCGAACCCGGUUCCCCAGAUUACGAGACUACCGCUCUUAACCACUUCACCACACUGGCUCACAGAUGUUUGCUUUGAAGCCAUGAGGGCUAGUAACCUUUUUAAAUAAAAGACAUUGGCAUCCUCACACCUCAUGCUUAGCUUGGACCUGAUAUUUGCAUCCCGGUCCUCCAUCAUGAGGACUGGGGAUAUCAGGGACAACACUUUCCGCAGGUAAAGCUUAAGCUGAAUCAUCGAUUUAUCAGAUUGCUGCCUGACGGGCGAGUACUACAGGACGUUUGGUUAAAGCCACAACAGAAGAUGGGAGAAACAGGUCCACCUCCUGCUGCUCCCUACUGGGAGACACUAGUUUCUAUCUUCAUGGGACACCUCAGAAGUUAGGAGCAGUGACUCCCAGGCCAUAUCGCUCUUGCAGCCUUAUACCCUUUAUCUUGGUUUCCCUCCUUCCCAGGUGGAUCUCAUGAGGUCCUUCAUAUUCCGUAACUCCAAGCAGACGUACACAGGGAUCCCCAUCAUUGCUGCCAACAUGGACACGGUGGGCACUUUUGAGAUGGCCAAGGUCCUUUGCAAGGUACGGUGGCUGUCGAGGCGGCCUGGUCACCUGGGUGCUGCUUUGGCAGAGGCGCUGCUCCCUGCUAGCACUGGCAAGGUGUUCAGCUUUGGGAUCACCGGUUAUUUAUUUAUUUAAUUUGUAUAGCGCCUUUCCUUGGAAUAUCUCAGGGUGGUUCACAGGGAAAUCACAGGUUCACCCGGUUCCUUAUCGGAGUUCGCCUGAUCAGCAGUAAAGGUGGAUAGAGGGAAGACGGGAAAUGUAAUACCUGAUCCCCAUUUGGUGGUACCUGCAGGGCAAUGUUUUUCAGCCUUGGGUGCCCCCCCAGAAGAUGCUGGACUCCAACUCCCACCAUCCCUGACCAUCGGCCCAAGCUGACUGGAUGAUGGGAGUUGUAGUCUCAGUAACACCCAGAGUAGAAGGAUGCCUGCUCUAGGGCUGUUUCCUCACUUUUCUCAGUGUCUGUUUCCCCACCAUCUCUCUUCCCAGUUCUCUCUCUUCACCACUAUCCACAAACACUACAGUCUGGACCAGUGGAAAGCGUUUGCAGCGGAGAACCCAGAAUGCCUGCUGGUGAGUGAAUGUUGUCACCCUCGCUUGGGCUUCAGGCCACCUGACAUUAGCUGCUCUCCUGGGUCAUCCGCUGAGUUGCCCUCACGUCUCAAAUUGCCCUGGGGAAUAGGGCAAUCCCGUCUCCUCCCUGCCUAGUUCUUUACAAUCUGUCCUGGUGCUUCUCCCCAGAACGUGGCAGCCAGUUCAGGCACCGGCCCCUCUGACUUUGAGCAGCUGGAACAGAUCCUGGAGACGGUGCCGCAGGUGCGCUACAUCUGCCUAGACGUGGCUAAUGGAUACUCAGAGCACUUUGUCCAGUUCCUGAAGGACGUGCGCAAGCGGUUUCCGGAUCACACCAUCAUUGUACGUUUCAUCUUUCUUGGGCUUCCCUUUGCAGCAUCCACUUCGCCACUGUAAGGACUUGAUGGGCCUUCAGCCCAAUCCUGCAAGGCUCUUCCUUAUUUAUUUUACUCCCGAUAUUUCUGCCAUGUCUGGACAGUCUUCAAGGGUAGCCCUAAGUGGAAUGUAUUGCAGUAGUCAAGACAGGAGGUUACCAGAACGUACGGUGGUACCUCGGGUUAAGAAUUUAAUUCGUUCUGGAGGUCCGUUCUUAACCUGAAACUGUUCUUAACCUGAGGUACCACUUUAGCUAAUGGGGCCUCCCACAGCCGCCACGCCACCGGAGCAUGAUUUCUGCUCUCAUCCAGAAGCAAAGUUCUUAACCUGAGGUACUAUUUCUGGGUUAGCGGAGUCUGUAACCUGAAGCAUCUGUAACCUGAAGCGUCUGUAACCCGAGGUACCACUCUAUAGGACUACAGUGGUACCUCUGGUUACGUAUUUAAUUCGUUCUGGAGGUCCAUUCUUAACCUGAAACUGUUCUUAACCUGAAGCACCACUUUAGCUAAUGGGGCCUCCUGCUGCACGAUUUCUGUUCUCAUCCUGAAGCAAAGUUCUUAACCCGAGGUACUAUUUCUGGUUAGCGGAGUCUGUAACCUGAAGCGUAUGUAACCCGAGGUACCACUGUAUAUGGCGAGGCUGUCUAUGUUUUCUCACCACGUCCCUCUAUUCUUUUCAUAUCCCUCACAUUAUUUCCACACCAUGCUGUAGCCUUUUGUCUUGGAGCCUUCAGAAUUUCACCCAUAUAUCCUACCAUUGCAUGUUUCAGCCAAGCCAGGCUCUUUGGUCCUACAAGUCAGACUUUUUUUUCCUCUUCACCAGGCUGGGAAUGUGGUGACAGGGGAGAUGGUGGAAGAGCUCAUCUUAUCGGGAGCUGAUAUAAUCAAAGUGGGGAUUGGCCCAGGUAAGUGCAGAAGGAUGGGUGAACUUUGGGGCCAGAUCCAUCUUGGGGUUAUGGCAGGAGUCUUGUGUUAAACUGAAGGGACCCUUAUUUAUUCAUUCAAUGAUUAUGCUCUUAAGGUUGGAUAGGUUGUUAGGCAGAAGAGGUCCUUUAGGGCAGGCGUGGAGAAUCUUUCUGACCCCACUAGCCAGAUCUUUAUCAGGAUUGCCCCCUUCUGUGCCAUUGGUUUGGGUUCUACCCUCCAGAGUGGGAGAAAACAAGCUUGCCCCAUCUUCCGUGUGACAGCCCUUGAUCAAAUAUAUCUCUCCCCAGUCUCCUCUUUUCCAGACUAAACACACCCAACCGCCUCAACCAUUCCUUUUAAAUGGUGCUCUUUUUAAAACAGAGCCUGGGUGGGCCGUCUGUCCUGGGAGUGGGGGCACACGUCGAAUCUCAGUUGAGGGACGACAGGAGGUCUUUCAAGUCCUGUCCUGCCCCAACCCUCUCCGUCCCUCUGAAACGGCAGGCUGGCUAGGUUAAACCACUUGCAAAGGGUAAAAAUGUAUUGUGAAGUGAUCCAUAAUGAAUUGGGGGAAAAGCACCCAAAGUUUACUCCCCCUCCCCCCCCAAAAAAACCCAGAGUCCUUUCUGUUGGGGAUAAUUCAGACUGAAAUUCCCAGGUGUCAAAAAAGGUUAUUUAUGUAUGCUACAACUGCAGCCCAUGUUUCAUUAGCCCAAAAAUGGAAAAUGAGCGAGGUCCCAACUAAAGAAGGAUGGCAACUUAAGCUGACACAAUAUGUGCAGCUUGCAGAUUUAACAUAUAGAAUAAGAGAACAAGAAGAACAUACGUUUAGAGAAGAUUGGAAAACGUUUAUUGAAUAUAUGGGAAAUAAUUGUGCACAGCUGAAAACGCUGGCAGCAUUAAGAUAAAUUCAACAGUGUAAAUAAGUUUUGAUGGAUGCAACAAUGGAAUACUGAUUGGUAUAGUUUUUGUAAAAUAUGUAGCGAUUUAUGAUCUGUAAAAUGAACCAUGGAAAGAGAAGGGAAGUCGUUGGUAUCUUAAGGAUGUAAAAUGAGUAUUUUAAACUGCAAAACAGAAAAGUUAAUAAAAAUUAUAUAUAUAAACCACUUGCCUUGUCUCCUCCCAGGCUCGGUUUGUACCACGCGGAAGAAGACGGGGGUCGGCUACCCCCAGCUCAGCGCUGUCAUGGAAUGUGCUGACGCCGCCCAUGGCCUCAAUGGACACAUCAUCUCGGUGAGACGUCCGUCUCCUCCCUUGCCAGGUCCAGUGGGCAAAUGGAUGACAGGAGCCUUAACUAUGCCGGAGCCCCUUUGGAGCUCUGCCUACCCAUUGUUCUUGAACUACAAUUCCCAUCAUUCCUGCCUGUGGCUGUAUUGGCGGGGGCUGAAGGAGCUGGAGUCUUAGCAGCACCUGUGGGGCCUGUUUCAAAAAUCUGUCCUGGGAUCAAACUUUUUCUCUUCCCAGUGGCACGAGAAAGCAUCCAGGCAAACCCCACAUUUUCCUGUCCGUACGGCGAGCGUUCCAUUUCCCUGCCCCCUCAAUUGGCCGCCGUUUUACAGGGGGUCUUGGGAGGGCAGCCCUGACCGCUGCAGAGGGUUUGAUCCGGUUUAAGAACUCUAGGACAGCUGCGCCGCUGGUUCCGACCUCUAAGCAUAGGCUUUCCAGGCGUGAGGACUAGAGGCUCGCCCAAGCCUUUUGCUAAGAGAAGGCAGGCGCUUAGGAUGGCAGCCGUAGGGAGACUGAACGAGGAAUGCAGAGAUUGUCCUUCUGCCCUCUCUCCUGCAGGACGGAGGCUGCAGCUGCCCAGGAGACGUUGCAAAGGCUUUUGGUAAAAAUUAAAAAUCCCGUCCUUCUAACUUCCCUGGGUCCAAUUGUUGGGGUGGCGGCAGAACCCGGAAAGGUUCUCAGGGUCCCGCAGCUAAAGCCGCCUGCCUCACACGCCUCCCAAUUCUGUUGUGGGUGCAGGUGCCGGAGCGGACUUCGUCAUGCUGGGGGGGAUGCUGGCAGGGCACACCGAGUCCGGCGGGGAGCUCAUUGAGAAGGAAGGCAAGCAGUACAAGCUCUUUUACGGCAUGAGCUCAGAGGUAGCCAUGAAGAAGUACGCCGGGGGUGUGGCAGAAUACAGGUACGGUGGCAGAAAGAAGAGUUUGUGCUCGCUCCUUUCCCCCUUCCCAGUUCACAUUCCCAGUUCCCCCAGUUCACAUUCACUACUCUGUGUAAAAUAUUGCAGAGUAAAGCACUCUGAUUCUAGGGCAAUAAGAUAAUAACUAAUUCCUUAGAUGCCAGCCAUCUGACUGGGUUGCCCUAGCCACUCUUGGCGGCUGCCAACAGAAUAAAGGUAAAGGGACCCCAGACCGUUAGGUCCAGUCGUGGCCGACUGGGGUUGCAGCGCUCAUCUCGCUUUACUGGCCAAGGGAGCCGGCGUACAGCUUCCAGGUCAUGUGGCCAGCAUGACUAAGCCGCUUCUGGCGAACCAGAGCAGCGCACGGAAACGCCGUUUACCUUCCCGCCGGAGUGGUACCUAUUUAUCUACUUGCGCUUUGACGUGCUUUCGACCUGCUAGGUUGGCAGGAGCAGGGACCGAGCAACGAGAGCUCACCCCUUCACGGGGAUUCGAACCACCAAACUUCAGAUUGGCAAGUCCUAGGCUCUGUGGUUUAACCCACAGCGCCACCCGUGUCCGCCAACAGAAUAUUAAAACACAAAAAAGCAUUACGCCCACUCAACCACUUCUUCAGCAGAAUCAGCACUGCUACAGGUACCACGUUAACACCUGCGUAGGUAGGAAAUGGAUCUUUGGAACUCCCUGCCUCUUGAACAACAGGCAGCUGCCUCCACUGUACUCUUUUUGGCAGCUGCUGAACACAUUUUUGUUUAGGCAAGCCUCGCAGUGUAUGCAGACCAUUGACAUGAGUUUUAAUAUGUUUUUAUUGUUGAUUUUAGUUAGCUUUAGAAUGUUUUGAAUAGCCGUUUUUACGAAUGAUUUUAUUCGUUUUGUAAACCACCUUUUUUGUUUACGAUCACAGGGUAUAUAAAUUUCCUGAAAUAAAAAUCAGCCAAUGUUCCGCAGCCGCCGAGCACAUUCAGUCCUCGUUGGUAGCUGUGGCCCACAAAAUGGUGGUGAGCUGUGGAACGUUUCCCCGCUCCAGAUUUUUCAUAUUUCUGCCAGGCAGAGUCUGCCAAUAUUUCUUCCUUGCAUGCAGGUGAUGCUGUUUGGGCUACAUAAGUAUCAACCCUCAUGCCUGAGCAUCUCAAGUACAGUCAUACCUUGGAUCUCAAACGCCUUGGCUCCCAAACAAUCGAAACCCGGAAGUGAGUGUUCCGGUUUUCAAACUAUUUUUGGAAGCCAAACAUCCGGCGUGGCUUCCAACUGGCUGCAGGACACUCCUGCAGCCAACUGGAAGCUGCGCCGUGGUUUUCGAACGGUUCCAGGAGUCGGACUCCCGGAAUGCAUUCUGUUCGAGAACCAAGGUACGACUGUAGAGGGAACAAAAGCGCAAUUGUAGUCUCCUGGGUGGAAAUCUGACCGCUAAGGGUCAGGCAAGAGCACAGGACAGCUUUUGUGAGGGAAAGGGAAAGGUCAGCCAGGCUGGGACGAAACCUCACAAGAUUUAGGGAGGCAGUCAACAGGUGGAAAAGCAGGGAAGGCAAGAAGUCUUGUCAUCGUGGCUCAAGUUGUCGUGGCAUUUUUAACCCAGCAGCAUCCUUGCUGUGAUGCAUGAGUGGGAAAACUCUGGCAGCUCCCAUCAGUCACAGCAAGCAUGGCCAGUAGCAAGAGAUGAAGGGAGUUGCUCCUCACAGAAUCAAAUGCAGGAAGUGGAAUGAUGGGGCAAGAUGCCUCUUUGCCUCUCUAGCCACACAGACUCUCCUAUAUUUCUAGUAAGGAUUAUGGUGUUGAAGGUUCAAGCAAUGGAGGAUUUGUGAGCACGCUCAAAUCUCAGCUUGAAUUUUUCCUGAGCCUGAUGUCAAGCCUGGGAAGAGAGGGAGGGGAUGGUUCCCCCCAAAUGGCUGGAUGAAGCUGGGGCCUAGAGCUUCUCUGCAGCUCCAGUAAUAGAGCCAGUGUGGUGUAGUGGUUCAGAGCGGUGGACUCGUAAUCUGGUGAACCGGGUUCACGUCCCUGCUCCUCCACAUGCAGCUGCUGGGUGACCUUGGGCUAGUCAUACUGCUCUGAAGUCUCUCAGCUCCACUCACCUCACAGAGUGUUUGUUGUGGGGGAGGAAGGGAAAAGGAGAUUGUUAGCUGCUUUGAGACUCCUUAGGGUAGUGAUAAAGCAGGAUAUCAAAUCCAAACUCCUCCUAUUCUUCUACCUGCUAAAUGUACGAGGAGGGGGAGCUGGACAGUCCCUGCCCAGCUGCUAAUAUCUCUCUCUUCCCCCUGCAGGGCAUCUGAGGGCAAGGUGGUGCAAGUGCCAUUCAAAGGCGACGUGGAGCACACCUUGCGGGACAUCAUGGGCGGCAUCCGCUCCACCUGCACGUACGUGGGGGCUGCCAAGCUGAAGGAGCUCAGCCGCAGGACCACCUUCAUCCGGGUCACCCAGCAAGCCAACCCCAUCUUCGGCGAGGCCAGCCAACCCUGACCUCCGCCCAACGAGACAGCGACCGCUCCCGGGCCACUCCAGUGGGACUAUUUGCACAGGCUGGCAAGCUGGAGCGCUGGCGGGUUUACAAGCACCAGGCCUGGCGCUGACCAAAUCCACCCCGUGCCCAACGCCAGGCUGGCACUCCUUACUCCACUGCAUCCCUUGCUCAGUCCAGUAUAGGCAGACUGCCCUCCUCUUGUGAGUAGAAAGGAGACGUGCGUCUGUGUAAUUAUUUUAUUCCAGUAUUUGUACGCCAGUCCCGCUUCUGCGCAGCACAAUUUGCGUCUUUCCUUCCCGAGACCAAGCUCGAAAGGGAGCAGGGGAGGCGUUUUCCGUGGGCCAGGCCAAAGACGGGUUGGGAAAGACAACAGUGGAACAGUGCCAGAAACGUUUGCACUGUUUGCCGAAACCAAAAAUAAAGCUCAGAAAAUGUC